GUGAAUUUCAAAAAAAAAGUAAUUCGAAUAGUUCUCUCUCAUUUAACUUGAAAUUCACUGAGAACCAAGCAUGGAUAGCGAUGAUCCCAUGGAAAUAGACGAUCUAACACCCAAUACUGUGAUAAUAGAACGUAAAAUUGAUGAAACUGGACCGGCUCCAGCCAAUACUGGUAAUUUAAAUCCGAACAUUCCAUCGGAUUCAACGAGCACUGAUAAUAAAUCAAAUGCAGAAAGUUCUAAUGUGGUUGUUUUACUUGAUGAUGAUGAGGAGAACGUACAGCAAAAUAAAGGAGCAUUACCCAAGUCUACUAGUGCCCCAAUUAAAAAUGAAACAUCAGCAUCGUGUCAGGAUAUCAUCGAUCUUGUAGAGAAGCGAAACGUCCGAUGCUUGAACAGUAAUUGUACGAGUGGUGACACAAAUUUUUUCCUAGCAUCAGAUUUCUGCCUUUCGUUCUAUCGAGUCAAACGAUCUAAGAGCUACAAAGAAGAAAUAUGCCAGGAGUGUUAUAAAGCAGCUGUGGAUGUUUUCGAUGAUUUGACUACGACGUUAAAAAGUGGAAAUUCGAUAACCGAAUGCCCCUAUCCCAUUAUAAACGAAACAGUUCAGAUAGAAGACAGCGAUGAAGAAGAGGAGAUCGACGAGAAAGAAAAGGAAUACCUGGAUCCGGAGAAUUUCAAAUUCCUGAAAGAAAACAUCGAUAGCAUAUUCGAUGAGGUUUUGGCCAGAUACGACAUCAACGAACAGUGGAAUAUGGCGAUUAAAUAUCUAGGAGAGCAAGCUUGCGAAUUGACAGAAGAAACCGAUAAAUUAACUGGAGAAAUGUCUGAAAUAAGAAAUGGUUUAGAUAAAAUCCAAAUGGAUCUGUACAACCAUUUCAGACCGGAAUACAAUAACAUUACGCCGAUUUCAAUUGUUGACGAUUGUAAUUUUCAACACAUUUUAAUCGACAACACAGAUUCAUUUGAUGCUAGUCAGAGGAAGAGCAGGAGAUCUCACAAGCCCGUUUCGUACAUCGAACUAGACGAGCCCAGCAACUCGAACAGUCCCAAAGUGGUUAAUCCUACAGCGGAAAUCGAACCUCCAAAAGAUUUACCUCAAAUAAUGCCUUUGGUUCGGACUUCUCCGAUAAUCGGCGAGUACUACUACAUCGUUCGAGAGAACACCCGAAGUAAUUGGAUAAGAGGUCGAUUGCAACACGUAAUAAACCCGGGUACAAUCUACAACGGUCAAAUGUACACCACGGUUCAUUAUAAACUCGUCGAAUUGAAGCAGCAAAAGGAACGUAUAGUGACUGCGAAGCAAAUGGCCUUUUGGGAACCGAGCAAAGUCAGCCUGCCCGUCGGCACGAGAGUUAUAUCGGCGUUCAAAGAAACCGGCAUCAGUCCCAACGUUAAAAAACCCAAACUGGACCCUUACUAUGCAGGAGUCGUGGCCGAGCAACCGUUCGAGGGAAACAGAUAUAGAUACUUGAUAUUCUUCGACAUCGGUUAUUCUCAGUACGUUAGCUACAACAACGUGAAUUUAGUGCUCGAUUCGAGCCAGAACGUUUGGGAGGACAUCUACGAAGACUCCAAAUCGUUUAUUAAAAAAUACCUAGAAAGCCAGGACAGGCCUAUGGUGAAGCUAGCGAAGAAUCAAACAGUCCGAGUCGAAUACAGCGGAAAAUGGUGGUUGUGUACUGUCAACGACGUCGAUUGUUCGUUGGUUCAAGUCAUCUUCGAAACCCUCCAGCGCAUGGAAUGGAUAUACAGGGGCUCGACAAGACUGAGUCCAAUGUUCAAGGAGGAACAAGCCGCCACGAAUCGAUCCACAGGUGUUAGAACUUCCAGGAAAUUGCGCCCUAACGAGUCGCAGACUGUGGUUCAAUACCAAAGAAAGGACGAUUUUAUAUCUUCAAACGAAAACCAGGAUUCUCCUACGAACGUUAGAGCUGUCGCGAGGAAAAGCACCACGAGGCCCCAGGCGAACAUGCAAAUCGAAGGAGCCGUGCCGUUUCUACCGCAGGUUAAGGAGCCUUUCGUGAACGCCACCGGGCCUACCAGUAAAAUAAUGUACUUCACGCCGAGGGAUCAAGUGAUCAUAAGGAGACAGUACAAGCCUCACACGUGCGGCCCGAAAUGCAGGGAAUUCCUCACGCACGAUUUCCACCAACUUCGCGGGCAAAAUCCUUUAUCUAAACCACUGCUGUGCGGAUGGGGCCGGAUUACUGGCAAGGCCAAAGGAAGAAAAGAAAUACUUUACAAGGCUCCUUGCGGGAGAAUACUCCGGAAUAUAGCAGAAGUCCAUUACUACCUAAGAAUCACCAACAGCGAGAUGACUGUAGAUUUGUUCGAUUUCAAUCACACUGUUAGGUGUUUAGCUGAAUUCAGCGUCGAUUGUAAUCCGGAUCCCAAAGACUUAUCUCGAGGCACGGAGCAAGUUCCUAUUCCCGUCAUAAACGGCAUUAACAACGAGAUGCUGGAUUUUUGCAACUAUUCGAUAAAAAGGGUGCCGAUGGAGGGCGUCCAUAUGAAUUUGGACAAGGAGUUUUUGUGCGGUUGCGAUUGCGAGGACGAUUGUAUCGAUAAAACCAAAUGUUCCUGUUGGAAAUUAACGUUAGAAGGUGCUAAAUACAUUGGAAAAGACAUCGAUCCCAACUCGGUGGGUUACAUUUACAGAAGGCUUCCCGAACAAGUUAUAACUGGAAUAUACGAGUGUAAUUCUAGGUGUAAAUGUACAGCUACAUGUCUAAAUAGAGUAGUACAAAACCCCAUGAAUCUCAAACUGCAAGUAUUUAGAACUCUCACGCGUGGUUGGGGAAUAAGAUGUUUAAACGACGUUCCUCAAGGCACUUUUAUUUGCAUUUACGCCGGUACAAUCCACACCGAAGCCAUGGCUAACGAGGACGGAAUGGCGUACGGAGACGAAUACUUCGCAGAACUGGACUACAUAGAAACCGUGGAGAAAUUCAAGGAGGACUACGAAGCGGAGGCGAUCGAAGACGACGAAGACGAAGAGGAGAAGCGAAGGGCUCAGAGAAAGAUCGAGGAGGACGAGGACGAUUCGAUGUUGAGGAAAACCGGCGGAAGCGGCAAAAAAAGGAACAGUUAUUCGGAUGAUAACGAUUUUACGCCCAGUCAUCCCGGUCGUCAUCCCACCAGCGAAUCGCGAAUAACGACGAGAUUGCGACGUCGGAACCAAGAAGACGAUAAAGCGAACAACGAAAAUGAUAAUAAAAAACCCGAAGCGGAUGUUAAAAUAAAAAAGGAAAUUAUAGAAGACAAAUCCGAAUUGAAAUCUACAUUCAAAGGAUUCCCCGAUUGUACGGAAACUGUCACUAUCAGCGACGAAGAAGAUGAGGGUCGUGAAGUAUUAAGUUUCAACCCUAAAGCGAGCGAGCCGGACGAAAAGGGCCCCGCUCAAAUAUCGCUAAGAGAGCUCUUCGGAGAGGAAGAAUCCGUUUACGUAAUGGACGCUAAAAAUGCAGGAAACAUCGGGCGAUUUUUAAACCAUUCCUGCUCUCCGAACGUAUUCGUGCAAAACGUUUUCGUCGACACCCACGACCCGCGCUUCCCUUGGGUGUCCUUCUUCUCGUCCCAAUUUAUCAGAGCCGGAACGGAGCUCACGUGGAAUUAUAAUUACGAUAUCGGAAGCGUACCCGGCCGGGUGUUGUACUGCCAUUGCUCCUCGUUGGAAUGCAAAGGGCGAUUAUUGUAAUGUUUUCUAUUGAAGUAUCAUACUUUAGGCAAUUCUUAAUAAUAUUCAAUCUAAACAGCUCCACAAAAAUUAAGGAAGUUCGAAAAUUUUGCGAUUAUUUUAAAAGCUAGACUUUUUGGUCACCAAAUUUUCAAAUAUGCGAAAUUAAAUGUUUCCUCUCAUAUCCGAGUGAAUUUUUUGUCCCUACCUCUACAACUCAUACUAAAUUUGGCGAUCAAAAAACCUGCAACUUUUAAAUUAAUCUCAAUAUUUGUGAACUUCCUUAACUUUUGUGGAGCAGUAUAUAUUAGUUACCUUUUAGUAACAAUGUAGCAUGUAUGAAUUUAUAAACUAUCGUAAUAAAAUAAGAACGAAGUGAGAACACAUUUUAUUCCAU